CUGAGAUCGGCGCUGCUCUUUGCGCGUCUCGUGCAACUAAAAGAGGCUUUUGUGUUUAAGCGGCGGGUCUGUUUUGGUUUAUAUGCGUCGUUUCGGCGCCGAUUAGCUUUAGUGAAAUAGACGGAUUGGAUUUGAACCCGUUUUGGCGAUGACAUGUAUUUGAAUGAUUGAAGAGUCCGGCCACUGCAGCAGUGCCAUGGCAGACAGAAGACAGCUGUUUGCUGAAAUGCGUGCACUAGAUCUGGACUCCAUCCGAUUGUCCACGUACAGAACAGCAUGCAAGCUGAGGUUUAUACAGAAGAGGUGCAAUUUGCAUCUGGUGGAUAUCUGGAACAUUAUCGAGGUGUUUCGGGAAAACAGACUCAACACUAUGGACGUCAACACAGAGUUCUCAGUGUCGCACCUGCAAGCAAUAUUGUCUGCCGUCUUUUACCAGCUGAACAAGCGCCUGCCUACAACCCAUCAGAUUAACGUAGAGCAGUCCAUCUCGUUCCUCCUCAACUUCCUGUUAGCAGCCUAUGACCCUAAAGGUGUUGGAAAAAUCUCCAUUUUGAUAUUGAAGAUGGCCCUGGCUACGCUUUGUGGAGGGAAGAUUUUGGAUAAACUCCGAUAUAUUUUCUCGCAGAUAUCAGACGCAAAUGGGGUGAUGAUAUACUCACAGUUUGACCAGUUCCUGAGGGAGGUGCUGAAGCUGCCCAUGACUGUGUUUGAGGGACCGUCUUUUGGGUACACUGAGCAGUCCACAAGAUCCUGCUUUCCACAAGAGAGAAAGGUUUCUCUCAACGUGUUUCUUGACAUGUUGAUGUCAGAUCCUCCACCUCAGUGUCUGGUUUGGUUACCGCUGAUGCAUCGGCUGGCAAAUGUUGAGAAUGUCUUCCAUCCUGUGGAGUGCUCGUACUGUCACAACCAGAGCAUGAUGGGAUUUCGCUACCGUUGCCAACAAUGUGAUAAUUACCAACUCUGCCAAGAGUGUUUCUGGAGGGGUCAUGCCUCGGGCAGCCAUAGCAACCAGCACCAGAUGAAGGAGUACAUGUCUUGGAAAUCUCCAGCUAAGAAGUUGUCGGACGCUCUCAGUAAGUCUCUGAGCUGCACCUCCAGUCGAGAGCCUCCAUACCCGAUGUUCUCCGAUACACACGAGAAACCUCUCAACCUCAGUCUUGUUGUGCCACCCAGACCUGUGGCCAGUGGAAAUGAGUGUAUGUUUUCUCACUCCAUGCCCUCCUCAGGAAACCCUUACUCCAGUAAAAUUAGUGGUGCUCACGAUGAGGCAAAUCAGAAAAUACUCUUUUCCCAGAUGGCCCCGGACCUUUUAAAAGGCAAAGGUUUCCAGGAGAACAGUAAAAACCAAGACGAUGAGCACUGCCUCAUUGCUCGUUAUGCCUCCCGACUGGCUGCUGAUGGAGCUGCAGUGAAGAACAGAGUACCAUCUGAAAUCACUUUGUGCCUGGACUCCAAUAUACAGCAGAGACAACUUAUAGCCGAGCUAGAGAACAAAAACAAGGAAAUUUUACAAGAGAUACAGCGACUGAGACAACAACAUGAGGAGGCUUCCCAGCCUCCAUUAGACAAAAGCCAACAGAAUCCAACGUUACUGGCUGAACUGAGACUGCUCAGGCAGAGGAAAGAGGAGUUAGAGCAGAGGAUGUCAGCACUUCAAGAGAGCCGUCGAGAACUUAUGGUGCAACUAGAGCAGCUCAUGCUGCUGUUAAAGAACCAGGGCCCUGGCACCUCUCCUCGCUUCUCCCCCAGCCACACAGUCAAAACGUCCAUCCAAUCAGCGUCCGGCAAUAGCACACCCAUCCCCAUGCCUGUCCAAUCAACAUCCGGCAAUACCACACCCAGUCAAACACCUCAGGACUCGCUCAUGGGCCUGGGAGGAGAGGUGCAGCAGGCCUUCUCUCAGGGCUCCAGAAGAAACUUAAGAAAUGACCUCCUGGUAGCUGCAGACUCCAUCACCAACACAAUGUCAUCACUUGUGAAAGAACUUAACUCGGAUGUGGGGAGUGAAAUGGACCUGACAUUCUCAACAUCAGAUGUUCUUCACACACAGACGGGUUCUUCAAGAACACGGGCUGCAGGUAAGCUGGGAACAGGGGAAUUCUAUGGAAAUGAUCUAGAAAAGCAGCUGGACAGAGAGCUAAAGAUGGACGAACGACUCAGACACACACAGGAACCGGACAAGAAUUUCCUGGUGACUUUACAAGAAUAGCUGAAUUUUAAUAAGCAAUGGGACAGGUGAAUUCACUUCUCUAAGCACUGUGCAGUUACCAGACCUGAGCAGGAUGAUAUGACAUUUCUGAAAAGCAUCAAACAGCAUUUAAACCAAUACUGUGGUACAAAACACAAUCUAUAAAUAUAGAAAUAUAUUUUUAGAAUCUACUAAAUGUUUUUAGACAUGGAAAUGACAAACAAUGGAACUGUCUUCAACACCGCCAGUGCCAUAAAAUCCACUGAUUUUGAGAUUAUUUCAUUUAUUUGGUGUUCGUGUGAUUUGGUUUGAUUUGUUUUCAUGUGGUCAAAGUUUUGUACUGUAUUUAAAUAUCUGUCGGGCAAAAUGGGUGUGGUCUUUAAUGAAGCUGCUAUCUUUACAAAUGACAACUUUUACGACACUUUAAGAGCAGAAUGCCCAGAUCUUUUCUAAAAGAUCUUUAAUAUAUAUAUAAUAUAUUCGACUGUUUUAGCUUUGAUUAAUAAUUGACAGUGAAAUGAUUUGAGAUUUUAUCAUACACAAAUGAAAACGCUGCCUCAGCUGAUCAGACUGCAUUUAUUUUAUGUAGGUUAGUGUACUUUAUUGAAACAGACAAAAAAGAAAGAAAGAAAAAAAAGAUGAAAACAGUCCAGAAAUGGGAGACGCUUACAAAAAACUUGUUCAAGUCACAUUUCACCCCAAAAACAAAAGUAAAAAAUAAGAAAUAGGCAUAUUUUAGCACCAUUGAGAUGUUUUGGAUUGUGCCGUUAUUUUCGUGGCAAUUAAAGGAAUAUUCUGUUCAACAUAAGUGAAGCUCAAUCGACAGCAUUUGACAACCACAAAAAAUAUUUUUGACUUACCCCUCCUUUUCUUAAAAAACAAAAUUAGUAUAGCCACAAGCUAUAAACAAUAUGCAUGCAAACAUGAUUUUAAUGUGAUAAAAUCACUUACUAACCUUUUCUGUGUAAAGUUAAAGCCUUUUUUACAACGUCGUUGCCAUGAUGAUGUAAUGUCAACAAACCCUAAAACGACUGUAAAACUGAUUUAAACAACUUUACGGCUCAAAUAGCACAUGAGUUUUAACAGAAGAAUUAAUGUAUGUGCUUUUAUAAAAUGUUAAGCUUCACAUUUCUGCCUUUAAAACACCCCAAAAUUGGCCCCAUUCACUUCCAUUGUAAAUGUCUCACUGUAACCCAGAUUUGUGCUUUUUUAAAGAAAAGGAGGGACGAACCGAAAUGAAUUUGUGUGGUAAUCAACAUUAUGCCACAAAUGCUGUCGAUUGAACUUAACUUGUUUUGAAACCGGAAUAUUCCUUUAAAUAAAUUCAGCAUGAAAAUUCUCAUUACCAUAAUGCUUCAUUUUUACCGUAAUUGUUUAUUUUAUUUUUGUAAUUCUUAUUAUUCUCAAUGGUAAUUCUUAUUUCUGAAAUACUUUUUUAUUUAAAUAACCCAGUAUAUCAUUAUGUUACAUGAGAAAUAUAUAUAUAUAUGCAUUACUGUAAUUAUGGGGUGAACUUUUGUUGAUUUUUUUCAUUAGGCUUAAAAAAUAUUCUCAAUUGUCAUGAAAAUGAUGUCACAAUACAAAAAAUUCAUAAUAAAGAAAUAAUGGUCCAAACAAUUGGCUUCAUGUAAAUAUAUUGAUUUUGGAGUGAAAUAGGACCAGGAUGUGUUCUUAACAGAUUUCAUGAGAUUCACCCCAGUAAAAAUGUGUAUCUCUGCAUUCAGUAAGUCAUUUUUUGACAGUUGGUGUGUGCACAAAGUUUUAAUGUUUAAAGGAAAAGUGUAAUACUUAAUUACAUUUGGCCGUAGCUAAUGGUGUGAAAGGUAGUAACGCUUCUAGGGGCCCACAGAUCCAGGGGGCCCACAACAAAUUUUAAACUGUAUUUUUAAUACAAAAGGGGCCCAGACAAAAAUACAGUCAGGGGGCCCAGAAUUUCUUGCUACAGCCCUGCAUAAUGGAUGUCUUGAGGUUAACAUGACAUUCACAUCGCACAGUAGCCAUUGUGAAACUACUGAAACUGAAUUAUGCUGUUAUAUUAUUCAAAAACUGACAAGAUGCCUUUUGGAAAUGCCAAUGGAAAUGAGCUUGAACAUAAUUAUCAUGUUUGGAUUGAAUUUGCCUGAGGAUGAAUUCUUUGAAAACUGAUUUGAUUUUGAUCAUCUGCAGACUCUUGUUCACACUGCAGCCAUCAAAUUAUACACAUUGUUUACUUGUGCUUUUUCAGACUGGCAGUUAUAAAUCAGUACAAAUACAGCACCCUUUCCCUGCUGAAAACAUUGCACUUUUGACUGAUUUUACUCAAUAGAAUGCCUAUCGUUACA